UGUUCAUUCCAAGAGAGACUUGUACCAUAUUUGAAUUUCAAACAAGAAAUAUUACACUAUGACCCUCUGGUGGUUCUCUAUCAUGAUGUCAUCACAGAUUCAGAAAUGUCUUAUAUAAAGAAUACAACAGUUCGCAAGCUGACACGGUCAGACAUUGGAAGCCAGGACUCCAAAGGAACAACUAAAAGUAGUGCUAGGAUCAGCCAAAGCACAUGGCUUCCAGCUGAAGAUAAAAUGAGUGAAGUCUUGUGUCGACGGAUCAAAUUGAUUACAGGAUUACAGACUGACUUCAAACUUAAAGACACCAACAGUGAGUUAUUUCAGGUGAUAAACUAUGGCAUUGGUGGCCUCUAUCUACCACACCAUGAUUAUGUGAGUUACUACAGAAAAGCAAAAUUCGAAAACGUUCCACUUUUUCAAAAUUCUGGUGAUAGAAUUGCAACAGUAAUACUUUAUCUAAGUGAUGUCCUAAUGGGAGGUGCAACAGUGUUCCCCAAACUUAACAUCCAUGUACCAAUUGUAAAGGGUGCAGCAGCUGUGUGGUACAACUUACAUCGCAAUGGGACACCAGAUACACGUCUGCUCCAUGGAGGUUGCCCAGUUAUAUUUGGUGACAAAUGGAUAAGUACCAAAUGGAUUCGAGAAGCAGGACAAACAUUCAGAAGACCAUGUUUAUUAGAUCCUCAUUUGUAAACUGGGAAGUGACUUUGACACCAAAAGCUUGUGAAGAAUAUUGAAAAGCAGAG